CCAUUUCUGAUUUAUAUCUACAGUUUUUUUUCCUCUUGUGCUGGCUGGCCAUGUCUAAAGACGAUAAUCACGGGAAGUUCAGUUUUGACAACCGAUCACAAAAUUCUGAUAACUUAGGAGGGGAUGAAGAAGAAUCAGGCAAGAAAAAUGGGAGAGAUACAGAAUCAUCACCACCACCGGCGACCGGGAAGAAGAGGGUAGCAGCUGACAAAGACGGCGGUGAUCAACUAAAUGAAGAAAGUGGUGGCUAUGAUUUGGAUCAUGAGGUUCAUACGUGGACUGAAAGAGAGAGGAGGAAGAAGAUGAGGGACAUGUUUGCAAAUCUUCAAGCUUUUCUUCCUCAACUUCCUCCCAAGACAGACAAGUCCACCAUUGUCGAUGAAGCAGUAAACCACAUUAGGAUGCUACAAAAAACUAUUCAGAAACUCGAGAAACAGAAGCACGAGAAACUCGCAACAAAGGCGGGGGAGGCAGUUUUAGCCGAUGAAGGAUCUUCCAAGAAUAACUUGCCCUCCAUUAAUGCCUCAAACUCAUUUUCAUUCUCACAGAUUCCCGUCUUUUUUCAGACAUGGUCUUCUCCUAAUAUGAGCCUAAACAUAUGUGGACAAGAUGCCCAAAUCAGCAUUUGUUGUCCGAAGAAGGCCGGGCUUUUCACUGCCAUUUGCUAUGUGUUGGAGAAACAUAAAAUUGAAGUGGUUUCUGCUCAAGUUUCAUCUGAUCAUCAUAGAAGCAUGUACAUGAUUCAAGCCCAUGCAAUUGGAGUUUCUAAUAAAGUCCAGGAGCCUUUUCCAGUGGAAGAAAUAUACAAGAAAGCUGCAGAAGAGAUAAUGCUCAUUGUUAAUUCUUAAUGAGAGACUGCAACUUCAAUUUAAAAAGUAGAAAAAUGGUGUUGAUAUAAGUACUUAAUUAUGUAUGUUUUUUAUUACUUAAUUAUGUAUACAUAUAGCUAGAAUUAAUGAAGUGCAUGUCCCCCAA